AGUGGUUCCUAGGGUGGCAAUACCGCACCCUUUAGUUUUUGUUCCAUCCUUUUCUUCCUGCAACUAAACCAGUCUCUCCAUCAAUACAAGACCAAGCCUUCCACACCAUGCCCACGCAGAUUAGCUACAGCAGGGGGGCACGAGAAGUCAAGGUGGAAGAAGUCAUUUUGAAAUUAAGAUCCGACCUGAGCCAGAAGAGUUCGAAUUCCCUGCAAAUCUCUAGGCCCCGGGAGAUCAAUAUUCAAGGAGGAGUACUGACGGUGGAAGACUGGCAGGAGAAAUUCAGAUACGUGAAAUCAGGUUACGGUCAUGGUCACGGCGAGAAUCCAACCCAGCAGAUCGAUAAGGACCCGGACGAGAAUCCAACCCCGCAGAUCAAUAAGGACCCGGAGAUCAAUAUUGAAGCUGGUGGCAGUGGUAAAAGUACAGAUAAUCCUCCUGCAAGGAGUUGGGAAGAUGAGUCAUAUGAUGAUAUGCUCCUUCACAUAUAUGCAAAUACUAUGCAGGAGUACCAUUUGCUGAUGACGAGUUUGACGGACCUCUUGCAAGAUGUGAGCUUUGUGGUCAGACCGUAUCUCACUAUGCUGCAAGCUGCCCCUACUUGGUUCAUUUGCCACACCACAUAACUCUUCCUCGUGGUUAUGACAGAGCUUGUAAGUGUUGUGGUAGAAAGGAUGGCCACCCUGGUCAGAAGUGGGAGGGAUUUGCUAUCCGCAAGUAUUGUUUUAAUUGUUGUCAGGGAGCUGACCACUGGGAUGGUGACCCAGAAUGUCCCAAUAAAAAGCAACGUGUUUCGUAAGCCAUCAACAAAAUUAUGGGGCUUUGUCGUUUUCUGGGCCUGUUUGUUGUUGUAUUUCUAGCCUCACGCUAUGAGUAUGUCAAAUGUUUUUAGUUUAAUUCACUUAUGUUGUAUUUUGGGUUUUUUGUUAUUAUAUAAGUUGAGAGAAGAAAUUAGAAAAAUUCAGUUAUGUUAUAUUUUGGGUUCUUUUGUUCUUAUAUAAGUUGAGAGAACUUAAAAUAUAGUUUUUUUUUAUCUCACCUUGAGAAACCCUAGGCUGGGCUCUCCGUUUGCAAAAUUGUUCUCGUCCGGUGACGCCGGAUGUUGAGACUGCCCAUGGGACUUUGUCGGAGGGAUUUUCUCAAGUUUUGUCAGAUGGUUCGGAUGGCAGGGUGGUGAAGGUGGUGGUCAUGCGGUACAGGAUGGUAAUCGAUCCCUGCUGAUGGGUUCUUGGAUCGACGGCGGUGGGGGAUUGCGAGGCCUGGAUCGGGGAUGGUGUUCUGUGGUGAUGCAGGUUGCGGCGGCGUGGGUUGGGAUGUUUUGGAUUGUGGAACUGAGAUGGCGUGGUGGUGCGAAUCGUAGCGACGUGGGUUGAACGAAACUUGGCCAGACUGUGAUGUACGACGGGGGUGAUGGGAGGAGCUAGUGGACUUGCCCGAACCAGGAUGAUGGGCCUGGGUGAUCUCCUUGGUGACUACCCUAUUGGGCCUCAAGUUUUAGGCUGGGGUUCUGCCCUAGUCUGUUGUUAAUUUGGGCUAGGGUUUAGGCCCUUGGCCCAACCCUAUGUUUUUAGUUUUUUUUAUCUAAUUACAAUAAUUUUUCUUGUAUUGGGAACCUAUAUCUCUAGCACUUCCGGCGUAGUACCAAUGGAGGAUCCCCGCUACCUCUACGUAUUUGAAUGUAUAAUGAGUAUGUCUAUUUCUAUGUACCACUGUGGAUACU